GUCUGAUUUCUCACCUCAAGCAACAGCUGCCAGGGAUUUAACAAAAGAAUGAGAGUUUAUGGUUUAUGGUGGUGUUCAUUAGUAUUUGCAAUAAAUAGAUAAGGGGUACAUUUUAUAUUUUAGUUCAUCUUGAGCUUAUUAACCGCUAACAUAUACGACCAUAAACCAUGGACAGUCUUAUUACGAACUUGGACUUGUUUGUUAUCCUAAAAUCUCAAGGUUCUAGUUUUAAUCAAGAAGCUUUGUUUGAUAUUGUGCUUACUAAAUCAAAGCUUAACCUAUCAGAAGAAGAUCGUGAGUCGUGACACCUUGAAAGAAUUUUGCCGAAGAUUUACAAGAGCUGCUACUGACAGAUGGAAGAAAAGCCAACGGAACACAGAAAAAUUUAGAAUAAUGUAUGGAUCUUGGUUAGAAGCAUAUACAUAUUGACUAGCCAAGUUGUUUUUAUCUUCAGUUGGAUCUUCAGUCAACCCAAGCAGUAAUUAGCAGUGAUCUCAUUCCUCAUACACCAAGCACAUCUUCAAAUGGAACCAUGACGCGAUUGAAACGUAAACCAUUUGAAGACCUCGGAACGAAGCAGAAAAAAAACAACACUCUAUAACUUUCAACCCAUAAUGGUGUCCAAAAACACACUUAGCCCGAAUGUCUUCGACGAGUCAGUCAAAGGUAAGUGGACUAAUUGGAUAUUUAAAACCAUAUUCUUCUCGAUGCUUUGGGCGGACCGUGGAGUCCCCUAGGGCCCUUUGGAUCACAUUGGAGCAUUUUGGCCACUAUGGAGCACCUUGGAGCAUGCCGGAACCCAGUGGAGCAUCUUGGAGCAUAUCAGACCCCAGUGGAGCAAAUGUGUCUUUAAUGGAGCGCAGUGGAGCAUUCCUCUUUAGUUUGCUCCGCUCACGGUUCCCGCCCCCCGACCUCUCUCCCGCAUUCGCCCUCGGUCGUCGGUUGGCAGUUUGUUUCCGCUUGCGAUCGUGCGCAGACGCCGCGUGUGUUGCCUUCCGAUUUCUUCCACUUUUUGUGUUUUUACUUUCUUUCCGUUUUUCACGUGUUGUUUAUUUACUACCUUAGGUAAGUGGCCUACUUUUGGUGUUUAGUUUUGUUUCUACCCUAGCCUUCCUUAUGGUUUUUAGAUGUUUUCUAUGUGUAGGUAGUUCUGUUUAUACUUGUCCCUACCCUGUUUUGCUACUAUAUUUUGGUGUUUUUCCGUGUUUUAACCUUUUAUUUUUCUUUUCAGGUUUAUUCUUCAUCUGCUUUCUUCCUUCUUCUUCUGUCCUCGCCUUUACGGUUUUGCGUUCGCAGAUAUGGACGUCUGCCAUUAUGAUUGUCGGCGGUGCCGCAUGGCUGAGGAGUUGGAGGCUUGUCGCCGUGAGAAUGUGGAGUUGCGGGCCGAGGUUCAACGGUACUCAGUGUUCCUGAGUUGGGCUUUCCCGGCUUCGCCUAGGAGGUCUACCUGCGCUGAUGCCUCGGCACUGUCUUCUAUCGCGACCUCCAACUCCUCGAGCUCCUCAAGCUCCUCAAGCAGCAGCGGCAGCAGCAGCAGCAGCGUCCCCGGCCCCUCCGUCGAGAUGUCUGGAUCCGAUCGCCAGGCUGCCGUCCCCUGCGAGGAGCCUGGUUCCGCUGGCAGGGCAAGCACCGGGUGCGCCGGCAAAGUCUCCGCCGACUCAUCGGGAUCCCGCGGCCGGUCUACGAUUGCUCGCACGAGGACCGGGACCACGGGCAGGGCCGCCCCAGGGAGCGCCCCUAUCUCCGCCGUUGGUGCACCAGUAAAGCUUCCCGCCUACCGUGGCGCCUUCCUUUCUGGCCUCGCCAGCGAGGGUGCCUCCCACGAGAUCCCGGGGACAAGCGGACUCACCCGUCCGUCUCUCCCUUUCUCUUCCGCUGGGUCGGGUAGCGCUCCGCUCACCCCCCCCCCCGCGCGAUCACGUCCGACACUGGUUAUCUGUCUCAGUCUUAUGUUGCCGCUAUAGCCGAGAUGGACACCGUA